UGAUCAUGUCGGACAAUGUCCGGAGCGAGUGAUUUUACGCUGGUGACCCGUCGAAAAAAGCAUCAUAACGAAAAAAGAAAAUUGAGCAGAGGUGCAGCUAAUCAGAACGUGCAUACGCAAGACUGCGAAAUCGACUACGAACUCCUUACUCGCACGUUAGACAGCACACUAGUCGAAAUCAAAGACACGUCGUUUACCAAGUUUGUUCUUAGCCAGCUGGCGGAGUCUCUGAGCGUUCUAAACUCUAACAAUAUUUCCGAGAUAAUCUGUUACGGGUUAGGACGAUUCUCGCAGUUUAGAUCGUCGAAAUAUCAAUUAGCGCUAUUACUAUGUUUGAAAACACGAUACGACGCUCGUGUGUUUUUGUACGAUCCAGCCUUUUGUCUCGAGGAAGUGCAGCUCCUGCGUGCUUUGGGUCUGGAAGUUAUAGAUACGAAUGAGGAGGGCAAGCGUGUCAUUCAUCAAGAUAAGAUAACGCUCGUGUACAUGCCGCAUUGCUCGCGACAACUGACCAAUAACUUCCUCUACGCGAACUGGGGAGCUGGAUUGAACAAUUGUAUUCUACUCGCUAACAGUUUCUCAGGGAUCGUCGACAGUUGUUUGCACAGAGAUGUAUUGAAUACAGCAGCUUACAUACUGCGCAUUCAACCUUAUGUUACAGAAAUUCAAUUGGGAAAUUCUUUUGUACACGAGGAAGUUUUCAACGAUAUUAGCAUUCAUAUCUUUGCCAAACAAGAUUUGCUUAAAGUGCCGGCAGAUUUUUGGAAUUCUAGAGAGGAACCACGAUAUUUAGUGGAUGACGUCGAAUUUGUUACAGCCGCACAGUGAUAAAUAAUAUCUGACGCAUUAAUACAACAACAAUGAAUAAUAAUAUUAAAAUUGUUCGCUCUCUGGCCCAAGAACUUCGCCGAGUUUCUCAGAAUAAGAGUACGAAAAAUAA